AAUUUGCUCUCAGAUAAUGAGUUACCUCCAUGGACUUCAAUAGACAUAGUGCAUGUGAAAGAGGAAUUAGGCCAUCGUCUUCCCGGACAGUGUCCUGGUGGACAGGAUGGCAUGUCUUUAGCUACAGGUUACAUGAAACUUGUACCAUUUUUGUCUUUUAAUCUCAGUAAAACUGGCCACACAGAGACUGUACGAGUAGUAUAUGAGCCAGAAAACAUCAGCUUUGAGAAACUGCUCAAGGUCUUCUGGGAGAAUCAUGACCCGACACAAGGAAUGCGACAAGGUAAUGACUUUGGCACACAGUAUCGCUCAGCCAUCUACACGUUUUCUCAGGAACAGAUGGAAGCUGCCUUGAGAUCUAAGGAAGAAUAUCAGAAG